AUGCUCAACCUGCUGAUCCACCGCAAGAACCUCAACUACCUCCACCUGGACUACAACUUCAACCUGAAGCCCGUCAAGACGCUCACCACCAAGGAGCGCAAGAAGUCGCGCUUCGGGAACGCGUUCCACCUGUGCCGCGAGAUCCUGAGGCUCACCAAGCUCGUGGUGGACGCAAACGUGCAGUUCAGGCUGGGCAACGUGGACGCGUUCCAGCUGGCGGACGGGCUGCAGUACAUCUUCUCCCACGUGGGCCAGCUCACGGGCAUGUACCGCUACAAGUACAGGCUGAUGCGCCAGAUCCGCAUGUGCAAGGACCUGAAGCACCUCAUCUACUACCGCUUCAACACCGGCCCCGUCGGCAAGGGCCCCGGCGUCGGCGUGUGGGCGCCCAUGUGGCGCGUUUGGCUGUUCUUCCUGCGCGGCAUCGUGCCGCUGCUGGAGCGCUGGCUGGGCAACCUGCUGGCGCGCCAGUUCGAGGGCCGCCAGUCCAAGGGCGUCGCAAAGACGGUGACGAAGCAGCGCAUCGAGAGCCACUUUGACCUGGAGCUGCGCGCGGCGGUGAUGCACGACAUCCUGGACAUGAUGCCGGAGGGCGUGAAGCAGAACAAGGCCAAGACCAUCCUGCAGCACCUCAGCGAGGCCUGGCGCUGCUGGAAGGCCAACAUCCCCUGGAAGGUGCCGGGCCUGCCCGCGCCGGUGGAGAACAUGAUCCUGCGCUACGUGAAGCACAAGGCAGACUGGUGGACGCAGGUGGCGCACUACAACCGCGAGCGCAUCAGGCGCGGCGCGACGGUGGACAAGACGGUGUGCCGCAAGAACCUGGGGCGCCUCACAAGGCUGUACCUGAAGAGCGAGCAGGAGCGGCAGCACAACUACCUCAAGGACGGGCCCUACGUCACGCCCGAGGAGGCGGUGGCCAUCUACACCACCACCGUGCACUGGCUCGAGUCGCGCAAGUGA